AUGAUUCUGAUAUGAGGUCAUCGGUUGAGGAUUUCCACACGCUGGUGACUAAAGCAUGACGAAUCCAAAGAAAUUUACCUGCCUAAACACGGAGACACAAAUGCCGUUGAUCGGAUUGGGAACGUACAAAAUUAAUCAUGAAGAUGAUGUUUACAAUGCAUUAGACACAGCACUCGGUGUUGGAUAUAGAUUGAUAGAUACAGCAGCAGUGUAUCAAAAUGAAAACCUAAUUGGUAAUGCUUUAAAAACUUUAUUACCCAAAUAUGGAUUGAAAAGAGAAGAUUUAUUCAUCAUUAGUAAACUAGGUCCAAAGGAUCAUGGUUCAGAAUUGGCUUAUAAGGCAUGCCUAGAAUCAUUAGAAAAACUGCAAUGUGAUUAUUUAGAUUUGUAUUUGAUACACUGGCCAGGAAAACAAAAACUAAAAUCAGAAGACCCGAGACAUAAACAAUAUCGAAAGGAAAGUUGGUUUGAAUUUGAAAAACUUUUCAGUGAAGGUUUAGUAAAGAACAUAGGGGUAUCUAACUAUAGUCUGAAGCAAUUGGAUGAAAUGCUGUCAUAUUGUAAGAAAUUACCUGCCGUCCUUCAAGUUGAAUAUCAUCCUCACUUAGUGCAAGAAGAUUUACUGAAAUGGUGUACAGACCAUAAUGUUCAUUUACAAGCUUAUCGAUCACUUGGAAUAUCGGAGCUACUUACGGAUCCUUUAGUGACCAAGAUGGCUAAAAUGUAUGGGAAAAAAGAAUCGCAUGUCCUUCUGAAGUGGGCUUUGCAGCAGAAUAUCAGUGUUAUACCAAAGUCUACUAACAAAGACCAUUUGGAAGAAAAUUUCAAUGUUUGGGAUUUUGAACUGACAGAAGAUGAUAUUUUGGAACUGAAAAAACUUAAUAGAAACGCACGAUACUGUUGGGAUCCGUCUCCUGUUGUGUAAACACUACAAUGAUGUCAUCUUGUUGUAUUAAUUAAAUAAACAUGGGGUUUUUAAUUGAUGUAUUGGUGAUAAAUUAGAAUAAUCUGUGAAUAUUGAUCAGAAUUUCAGGCAAUUUAACAAGAAUGUGACUCCUAUUGAACAGUAUAUGUAAUCAUGAUGUCCUCCCCUUUAGUGUGUGAACAAAGACACUAGAAAGAACAUCGACAUAAUGUAAAUUUUAUUCAUAUCAUCACGCAGACACAGCAAUGAAUCGAUACGACAUUGUAUCUCUGUUAUCUGAGAUUGUGUAUUAAGUACAAUAUAAAAAUAGAGCAAAUCAGAAAGCACCAUAUAAAUACAUUGAAUGGACGGCGUCUUAAGUACACUAAAACAGUGACAUGUCAAUUUUACAAUUCUUUAUACAAUUACAAUAAUCAUUAACUAAGUACAGUAUA